AUGCAACGGCCACUGUUUUUCAUCGUUUUCACAAUCCACGUCGUGGUCACUCUACCAUUUAACAGCACAACGACGCUCCUUCGACUCCUUCCGCGCUCCACCUCGACAGCAGCGGCCUCGUUCGUCGCGCUGCCUCCGUGGCUCGCGCUCCAGCUCGGGCCGUCGCUUCGAGCCCCACCACCCCCCGUCCUCUUGAACGCCUUUCGUUGGCCGCCGCUCGACGACCUGUAUGCGCUCGACACCUCCCGUCGUCUUGGCCACGGCAGCUCGAGCGACCUCUACUUGGCGACGCACAAAUCCAGUCGCACCAGCGUUGCGGUCAAGCGUUUUCACCGCGUCCCGAUCGCUAACCAAGCGUACCAGCGCAAAGACCUUCGGUGCGAGGUCGCCGCCUUGCGCGCGCUGCGAGGCGAAAGACACAUUGUCCAAAUCCUCGACCACUACACGACCGAGAACGAUGACGAGAUGGACGUUGUGCUCGAGCUCGUGCCCGGUGGCACGCUCGCCGAUCUCUUGUGCACGCACGGUCGGCUGACCGAGCCGGUGGUGCGAUCGCUGCUCGACCAGCUCAUGGACGCGGUGGCUGCGUGCCACGACCGCGACAUUGUGCACCGCGACAUCAAGCCCGACAACAUUCUCUUGACUGACGCAGACCCAACGCGCGCCGUGUUGAAGCUCGGGGACUUUGGCUUUGCCACGUCGGGCCGACAUGGCCUCACGCGGCGCUGCGGUUCGGCGGGGUACAUGGCUCCCGAGAUGGAAGCGGGAGCUGUCUACGGCCAAGGCAUCGACGUCUGGAGCGUCGGUGUCGUUGCCUACAACCUCCUCACGGGGUGCAUGCCGGCCUUUGAUGCGUCGCCCCGUCGUCGUGUUGUGCUACCCCCCAACGCAGUACUUUCGCCGUGCGCCCAAGACUUUUUAAACACGAUUUUGGAGCCCAACCCGUCGUUUCGACCGACGAUCGUUGCGCUCAAGCAGCACCCGUGGCUGCAAUCGGCAGCGCCAUUACCGACGACAACAACGACAACAACAAGCCUCGCUGGUUUCCUCGCCCAGUGCGGAGCGAUGGCGCGUGACCCGACUGUGGCCAAGCGUGUUCGGAGCGUGGUUCGUGCUCUGGAGGCCUGCGAGGUAACACCCGCCGUGGACCUGGAUAGGCUCGUCGCAGCCGUGGUCGCGGCCCUGGAUGACGUCACCACGGACUUGCCGCUGCUCGGCGGGCAAGUCGAGGCCUACCGCGCCUCGCUGCGACAACUGGACGUGUGCUGCCGAUAG